AUGUCUUCAUCUCAAGAUACGAAUGACGCGGCUCAGAAAGCCAAGGAAGCUGCUGAGCAAGCGGCCCUGCCCUACAAAUGGACGCAAAACAUUGGCGAUGUCGACGUGACUAUUUCUGUGCCUGGGAACUUGAAGGGAAGAGACUUGAACGUCGUUAUUACAAAGACGAGUAUCAAGGCGGGCGUCAAAGGACAGGAUCCUGUUUUGGAGGGCGACUUCCCCAAACCAAUUCACGUCGACGAAUCAACCUGGACGCUCGAAACGCUUGGCGAUGGCAGCAAGGAGCUCUCCAUUCACCUCGACAAGGUCAACAAGAUGGAAUGGUGGGCACAUGUCGUGACGUCUGCUCCCAAGAUCGACGUGUCCAAGAUUACCCCCGAGAACAGCAAGCUCGGCGAUCUGGACUCAGAGACGCGCAGCAUGGUUGAGAAGAUGAUGUUUGAUCAGCGUCAAAAGGAAAUGGGUCUGCCUACGAGUGACGAACAGAAGAAGAUGGAUAUUUUGAAGCAGUUUCAAGCGCAACACCCUGAAAUGGACUUCACCAAUGCAAAGAUCAGUUAA